GAAUACUUUUCGUCAUAGUUUUCGUCAACGAAAUUAACACUGCCUUGCACCCAGUUAAAGGGUGAUGUGUUGGCAUAUUCUUAUCCAUAAAACCCACUGUGGGCUUUAGGUAGGUUAUCAUGUCCCUGUCGUAAAGCCUGUGCAGGUUAGCAUGUCCCUGUCGUAAAGCCUGUGCAGGUUAGCAUGUACCUGUCGUAAAGCCUGUGCAGGUUAGCAUGUCCCUGUCAAAGCCUGUGCAGGUUAGCAUGUCCCUGUCGUAAAGCCUGUGCAGGUUAGCAUGUAUCUGUCGUAAAGCCUGUGCAGGUUAACGUGUCCCUGUCACAAAGGCUGUGCAGUACAGACUGUGGGGCUUGACCCUGGCAGCAGACGUAGGCCUCCUCUCCACCACAUUACAACAGUUUCCUGAGAUGACUUUGAUCUGGAGGAGAGCGCGUGCUCCAUCUUCUGUUUCGGAGGGCCUUUCUCCCUUACACUCCUCUCCCAAUCUCCCAGGCAGCGGCAGCAGCUCUCUGCUGGAUGGAGCCGCCAACUCUGCAGAACUCUGGAGCUCGUCCAAUGGGAUGGCCCCGUCAGGUCAUGGAGGCAUGCUGGGGGCCCUGUCCGCCGCCCAAUCACCUUCUGGAAACUAUGGCAACAUGCCAUCACACGAGCGCCUGAGUUUGUGUCCUCGCUCUGUGGCGAUGUCCGAGGCCGGUAAGAGUCUCCCCCCCAUGUCCACCUUCCACCGGACCAACGCCAGCACGCCCCUACUGACCCUCACAGCACAGAGAUCCCAGUGCUUCAUUGCUUCUGAAGGCGCAGGAGCUGGAGGCUCCCAGACUGGAGAGGCCCUGGGGAAAGCGCUGGCCUCGAUUUACUCCCCAGAGACGAGCAGCAACUUCACCUCCAGUUCCUCCACUCCAGUGGUGUCUCCCUCCCCCCUCACUACAACCACAGGGACCAGCCAGUGGCCUCCUGUGGCUGUGCAGACCUCCCUGUCCUCCAGCUAUGACACCAUGCUGCACUCCGUGAUGGAGGACCGACUGGACAGACUGGACAGACUGGACGAUGCCAUUCAUGUCCUAAGAAACCAUGCUGUGGGCAGUCCCUCCGGCAGCUUAACUAAUGACAUGCGCAGCCCACUGCCUCUCCCCAGCCGCCGACCAAUCACUGCCAUACCACCACACUUCCCUGCCAGUCAAUCAUCCCCUGUGAUUGGAGCAGCUAGGUGCGAACCAGCCAAUCCCUCUCCUCUUUCCUCCCCCGGAAUCCCGCCCACAAAAGACCUGACCAAUCGGGGGAAAAGAUUGAGAGGAAGUGAUGCAGUGCUGCUUCCUGCGACCCUGCCUAUGGGGUUGGGAGGCCAGGCCAGAGUGCCGCUGGUGCUGAAGGUGGAGGCGACGGAGGGAGAGGACGUGGCGAUGCACACACACUUCACACACACACAAAGACGCUCCUCCUGUGAGCUCGGGUCAGACGAGGACAGUGACGCCAGAGAGCCCAAAACCCCAAGGCGGAUGACCACUGGGAACAGCAGCAUCCAUGAGGAGGACGAGGACCUGACCCCGGAGCUGAAGGGAGAGCGCGAGCGUGGGCGGAGGCUGGCCAAUAACGCGCGGGAGCGUCUACGUGUGCAUGACAUCAACGAGGGCUUCAAGGAGCUCGGGCACAUGUGCCAGCUGCACCUGAACAGCGAGAAGCCGCAGACCAAACUGCUCGUCCUCCAUCAGGCAGUAGCAGUCAUCCUCAGCCUGGAGCAACAAGUCAGAGAGCGUAACCUGAACCCUAAGGCUACGUGUCUGCGGAAUAGAGAGGAGGAGAGAGUAACCCCCCUCCCUCUGGGCCCCCACUCUGCCCAUACAGCGCUGCAGUCUGGCCUCCCCAACACACUCAGCAAUCCCAACCGCCCUGUCUGAUGGAGGGCGUUAUCCACCAGGAGGAGGCAGAGUAACUAGCAUCACUCUGAACAUCACACUGAGGACAUCAUUGAGGAAAACAUGAAACAGGCCCACAGAGGCACAGACCACCACACCUUCAGACCCACAGAGGCACAGACCACCACACCUCCAGACCCACAGAGGCACAGACCACCACACCU